AUGCAGCCAUUCAACAAGUACUAUCCUCCUGAUUGGACGCCCGAUAAGGGUUCUGUCAACAAGCAUGUGGGGAAGCACCCUUUGGGCGAUCGUGCACGAAAGCUGGAUCAAGGCAUCUUGGUUGUCAGAUUUGAACUACCCUUCAACAUAUGGUGUACUGGAUGCGAGAAUCACAUUGGCAGAGGUGUUCGAUACAAUGCCGAGAAGAAAAAGAUUGACAACUACUACAGCACACCCAUCCUGCAAUUUCGCAUGAAAUGUCAUCUAUGCAGCAACUGGAUCGAGAUCCACACUGAUCCAAAGAAUACCGAUUACAAAGUUGUUAGUGGUGCUCGCAAAAAGGUGGAGGAAUGGGAACCAGAGGAUUCGGAAGUAAUCAAGUUGAAAGAUGAGGAAACCAAGGAACGACUCGAAUCAGAUGCAAUGUUUCGCCUUGAACAUGGUGUCAUGGAUCAGCAAGUGGAGAAAGAGAGCGUGCCGGUGUUGACCCAGCUACAACAACUUCAAAAUUCAAGUUGGAGUGAUCCGUAUAGCCGUUCGCAGCAACUACGACGCAAGUUUAGAGAGCAAAAGAAGAAGGACAAAGCACUCGAGGAAGAAGCUGAUCGGAUACGUGAUAAGCACUCUUUGCACAUUCCAUUAUUGCCCGAGACAGUGGAUGACGUGGUACGAGCCAAAAUGAUACAAUAUUCAGACCCAUCUCUUGUUGAAAAGCGCAAACUGGAAAAGACAGCCUCCACCUUAUUCCCAACAAAAAGGAAAAGCAAAAGCGAUCCCAAUAAGAGCGUGGCACAAGAACUCGGCUUGCGUGCAAUGACCCAUACCAGGCUCAAGCUCGACCCCUUUUUGCAACAAUCGAAAUCCACCCUGCCACAACACAAGGAAAAAGAAGACAUUGCGAUCGUUAAGCCAAGCAAAAAAAGGAGGUUGCCAUCACAACAUCAACAACGAGGUGGGUACAGAGACAACAACAAUGACAGCAGCAGCAGCAGCAUCCGUAGUGGUGGUGAUGGUGAUGGUGGUGGCGAUAUACCCUGUGCUCAGCAGCCAAAUGACAAAGUGCAACAACCAUUAGUGUCGUAUGGUAGUUCUGAUUCUGAUGAGCCUGAUGAAUAA